AUGGUCAACAAGGGCGCUGUUGUGCCUGACGCCUGGGAGGAUGACGACUGGGAGUCCGCAGCCGACAAACUUGAUGCCCAGCUCACAGAGGUACAGCCUGAACCGCAGGUACUGCUGACCAAGGCGGAGCGUCUCGCCCAGCACGCCGAGCAGAAUCGUAGGCUUUGGGAAUCGGCCGACUCCCCCGCGCCCACGCCCUUGACCUUCCUCGAAUCCCAACCUUCAGUGCCCCUCGCCACGGGCUUCAAACCCCAGGUCAAAGUGCUCAGCCGAAAACCCGCGCCCCGAACCAUUGCCAGGCGCGACCCCGUCACCGGCCUCCUCUCCCACCUCUCCCUCGCCGACGACGACGCAGACGACCAGCACGCUGAGAAGAAACCGCAGCUCACGCCCGAGGAGAUCAGAGCCAAGCAGCAGCGCGAGCUCGAGGAGAAGCAGCGACGGUACGAGGAGGCGCGUGCAAAGAUCUUUGGCGAGUCGAACCCUUCCUCCGGCGCUUCGAGUCCGGGCACCGUCACCCCGCCGAGGGGAGGCGCCGAGAACGAAAGAGGACCAGGCGGUGGAGGGCGCGGCCGCGGUAGGGGACGCGGUCGUGGCGGCGGCGGUGGCGGAGGCGGAUACCGAGUGAAUGCGAACCGACAAGAGGACCUCCGACGACCUGGCAGCAGCAGGUCUGACGCCGUUCGUGCCGAGAGCGGCCGCGAGCUCUAUGAUCCCGGGUACGCGCCCCGAGGCGGCUUCGGGAUGCAGAAGCGCGGGGGCGAUGGCUCCAACCCGCACUCUGGGCGAUCCACGCCGAGAGAAGUCGAGGAUCAGCCCAAGCAGGCCAUUCGAGCUCCACGCGGACCGGAUGGGACUGGAAGAGGUGGAUUCGGCUUCGCCAAGCGAGGCACCAAAGAAGGAUGA